AUCCCUCUCUCGAAGACGUUCACCAUCCCUUACUCGAAGACGUUCACCAUCUCCUUCUCGAAGACGUUCACUUGACUCUCCACAUCCACGCAGACGCCGCAGCCCCUCUAACAGCCCUCCACCACGCCGUCGAGGGCGCUCUCCGUCCCGCUCUCCCAGACGGCGACGGGAUGAUCGGUCCGUCAGCCCGCCACGGAGACGAAAGCGGUCUCGCUCCGUGUCCCGGACUCCAUCAUCUGACUCAGAAGAGUAUCACCGGGAACGACGGCGGAGACACAGGGAUAGAGCGGAAAGCACUGAGCGGAGUCGACGAAAGAAGGAGAAGAGAGACAAGAAAGAUAAGAAAGAUAAGAAGAAAUCCGCUGUCGCAGUGGAGUGGGGCAAAUAUGGGAUUAUUUCCGAAUCCGACAUGUACAUCAAGGACGAAGAAUUCCGUUCCUGGCUCGUGGAGGAGCGGUUCCUGAACCCCGAAAUACUCAGCAAGGAGAAUACAAAGAAGGAGUUUGGCAGAUUUAUGGAGGACUACAAUACCGGCACACUGCCACACGAGAAGUACUACAACUUCCGUGCGUACGAACAUCGUAUGAACGCUCUCCGGGCCGGGGAGACCCUGCCUGACCAGGGAACCUAUGAUCCUGAGAAGGACUUGGCGGACAUGCGGGCUUCACGGAAGAAGCCGGAAAAGGACAAGGAGAGUUUCUUGAGCGUCGCGGAACUUAGAGAGCUUCAGAAGGUUGAACGGGAGCGCACUCAAAUUGGCAAGAUGAAGAGUAUGGGCCUGGAGGUCAAGCCUAGCAUGGGCGUGAGGAUGGACACUGUACCGCAAUCGCAGUUCGACGAACAAUGAACCAUGCUCAUGUUCAAUCCAACA